UGGGACCAGGGCUGCGCCACGGCUGGUGUUCCUGGCUUGGCGCGCUGUGCCGCUUCGGCUGUGCUCUGCUGUUUGGCCGUCUCCUCUUCCGAGGGGCGGGUGUCCUGUCGCGGUCUCUAACCCUGUCAGGUAGCUCGGCUGCAGCCUCCGGACGUCCCUACCAGCUCCGCGCCUGGGCGGCGCCGCGCCCUUCGGCUCGUGGAUGGGGCGUUUCGGCCUCGCUCCCGGGUGCCCUGCUGCCCCGCGGACGCUCCACUUGGUCGGGGAGCGAUGCUCUGAGGUUCGGCACGUUCUGGUUGGAGCUCCGAGUCUCCGGAGAAGCAGUGUUGUGACAACCACGACCGCCGGGAAGUUUUAAGUUACUCUUUGUAACCCAGUAGCAUUGCAGACCAAUCCAGUGUUUAUAAAAUAGGUAUAGCUGUGGACCAACUGUCUACGAUCAUGCACACCUGGGUCAUGCUUGCUCCUAUGUUAGAUUUGAUAUAAUUCGAAGGAUCCUGACCAGGGUUUUUGGGUGCAACGUUAUCAUGGUGAUGGGAAUUACAGACGUGGAUGAUAAAAUAAUCAAAAGAGCCAAUGAGAUGAACGUGUCGCCCGCUUCCCUGGCCAAUCUUUAUGAAGAAGACUUCAAACAAGACAUGGCAGCCUUGAAGGUUCUCCCACCCACCGUGUACCUGAGGGUAACUGAAAACAUUCCUCAGAUAAUUGCUUUUAUCGAGAGAAUCAUUGCUAACGGGCACGCUUACUCCACCGCGAAAGGCAACGUCUACUUCGACCUGCAGUCAAGAGGAGACAGAUACGGCAAGCUGGUCGGCGUGGCCCCUGCCCCCGUGGGAGAGACAGGUCACUCUGACAAGCGGCAUGCCAGCGACUUCGCACUGUGGAAGGCGGCGAAGCCCCGGGAGCCGUCCUGGGCCUCACCGUGGGGAGCCGGGAGGCCUGGCUGGCAUACCGAGUGUUCCACCAUCGCCAGUUUGGUGUUUGGAAGUCGGCUGGACAUCCACUCGGGUGGCAUAGAUUUAGCGUUUCCUCACCACGAGAACGAAAUUGCACAGUGCGAGGUCUUUCACCAGUGCCAGCAGUGGGGGAAUUAUUUCCUACAUUCUGGGCAUUUGCACGUGAAGGGCAAAGAAGAGAAAAUGUCCAAAUCACUGAAGAACUACAUCACAAUUAAGGACUUCCUCAGCACGGCCUCCCCAGACGUCUUCCGGCUCUUCUGCCUGCGGAGCAGCUACAGGUCAGCCGUGGACUACAGCGACGGCGCCAUGCUCGAGGCCAGGCGUCUGCUCCGUGCCGUGGCCGCCUUCGUGGGGGACGCUCGGGCCUACAUGAGGGGGCAGCUGGCGGGCGGCCCCGUCCAGGAGGAUGCGCUGUGGGAGAGGCUGGGCCGCACCAAGGGGGCCGUGCAGGCGGCGUUGGCGGACGACUUCGACACGCCGGGGGCGGUGGACGCCGUCACGGACCUGGCUCACCACGGGAACAGACAGCUGAAGGCGGCCGCCGAGAGCCUUCUCCGGGUGACUUGUCGCAGGCGGCCGGUGGUCCCAGGAGCCCCGCCGUGUUCGGUGCCAUCGUGUCCUACGUGGAGCAGUUCUUUGAGACGGUGGGGAUUUCUCUGGCUGAGCGACAGUGUGUUUCAGGGGCCGGCAGCCCGGCCGCCCUGCACAGUGUGGUCGAGGAGCUGGUCCGCUUCCGGCAGAAGGUCCGGCAGUUCGCUCUGGCCGCGGGGGAGGCCCCCGGGGAGGCGCGGCGGCAGCUCCUGGAGAGGCGGCCCCUGCUGGAAGCGUGCGACGCGCUGCGCCGGGACCUGGCGGCCCACGGCGUCAGCAUUAAGGACAGGAGCGGCGUGUCCACGUGGGAGCUGCUGGACCCGAGGACAGAAGACCCCAAACCAGGGAGCUGAGGACACGGGAUGCGGAGGACACGGGAUGCGGAGGCCACGGCUCCCGGCGCAGUUCUGUGCUGCCUCAAGUCACGAUAAAAGCUUGAUGUUAAAGUUUCUGUUGUGGCUACUCAGUUAACCUUAAAAUAAAGCAAACUGUUACCGCCCCA